AUGGAGCCGACGACGCAAUCGCAAUCGCCGUCGGAGCCAGAGCCGGAUGUUCACUCUGGCGAGGACUUCGUUCACAUCGAAGACUCCAGGCCCACCGGCGGUAUGUCGUUAAGCGACAGCAUAGUGAAUGUGGAGAAGGAGGACCUGCUGGACGAGGCGGAGGCGGAGGAAGAUUAUAAAGACUCCGAUUCCGUGGUUAGCGGCGGCGCUUCAGCUGGUGGUGACGGCGAUGGAAUCGGCGCUGAAACGGAUGAUGGCGAGUGCUCAUCGGAGACGAAGAAAGUUGAGCUGCCGGAGGAAUUGACGAAAAGCGUUGUGAUUCUGACGUGCGAGUCCACAGUAGAAGGCGGAUCUUGCGAUGUCUAUUUGAUCGGCACUGCUCAUGUAUCAAAGUUGAAUUGCAUGUCAAAUUCUGAAAAAGCUAUCAAAGCUUUUGCUCACAUGUCUAUUGAGGGUGUAAAUGUUGGGACCGCGUUAAUGGUUGUGGCAGAAGAGUUUCCGAAAAUAGAGCUAGGGUUAAGAGGAUUUAGUUGUCUUCGUGGAGUUGUGUUCAAGCCGAUUGUCUCUUCUCAAACCUCAGACUCUGAAGGUUCCAACCAUGUCGGACAUGAUAGAAAGUUGGAAGCAGAAACAGAAUACAUUCGGAAUACUUUAUGGAUGAUCGCCAGUCAGCUUGAGGUUUUUCCUGGUUCUGAGUUUCGUGUGGCAUAUGAAGAGGCCCUUAAAUAUGGCGGCAAGGUGAUACUUGGUGAUCGUCCUGUACAGCUGAAAGAACUGGACAAUGUGGAUAUGGUGACUUUGGUGAUUCAAGAAAUGAGCAAGGAGUUUCCAUCUCUCAUGGAUACACUUGUGCAUGAGCGAGACCAGUACAUGGCGUCGACUUUGCUGAGAGUUGCUAGUGAGCACAGUUCGGUUGUGGCAGUUAUCGGAAGAGGGCAUAUUAAUGGGAUCAAGAAGAAUUGGAAGCAACCUAUAACGAUGAUAGAUCUGAUGGAGAUACCGAGCGACGAGUCAGUGUUUACAGUGAAGAGGAUACUAUCAACGGUGGCGAUUGCAGUUGCAGGGACAGCGAUAGUUUCGGGUAUAUUUCUUGCAAGAAGAAGGUGA